AAUGACCACAGCACCAAUUCCCAGACAGACUUCGAAUACGAGCCCCAAUGCGUCCCAUUCCCACCUUCACUUCAGACAGUCACCAUGGAGCCAUUAGCACCAGAACCUGUUCGCCAUGCGACGCUUCCACAAGAAACAAAGGUGCAAACCCCAACUCCUGUGUCGCGUCCCCACUCGCAGCGUCUGAAUUACCCUCACCGCGGAUUUUCACGGAGUGCUUUGUUGCAUCAAAAGUCUUUCUGGACAGCGCGCCAUGACGAAUGGUUGGAAUGGCAGGCCAAAGAAGUGAAACGGCGAAUAGACCACACUAUAUGCGCACAAGACCCUGGAAGCGCAUAUACUGGCAUCACGCUCAUGGACAGUCGGGAAGUCUCUGGGCUGCCAUCGCAAAUCCGCGUGCCUCUGUCUGGCUUGGAGCGUGACUUUGAGGGGUAUGCAUCGAGAGACUUCGUCCAGGACUCGAACGCGCCGAUCUACCCUCGUGUGGGCGAUAUCUCUGCGCUUCGUGAUCCAUACUCUGCCAAUGUCGACCGGUGCUUCUUCAGGUUUCCGCUGUGGACCAUUCACAAGACGCUCUACGUGUUCGACAUGUAUCAAAGGGCAACCCAUAGUUCCGACCAGAUACAAGGUUCUGCGUCUUCAGGAAGCUUGCAGUCGUCGACCGGUUCAUCGACAUGCGGUGAUGGGGAUGUAACCCUUGUUGCUGACGAUGAACCACCCUUCGAGAAACAAACGCUUGACAACGGGUCUCAUCAAGAAUGUCUAUCGCCUAGAACUCCAAAAAUAUCUCCGCCGUGUACAUGGGAGGCUAUUCGUACCUGGGAGCUGAACUGGUAUGCUCGCUGGGAGCUGCUCAUUGGUCUCGUACAGCGCGAUCAAGCCCUCCGGCAGGCAGCGCCGCUUUCGCCGUCGACACCUCUCUCCGGGUUCGUAGAUGAAGAGCUUUUACCACCAAAAGAACUACUGGAACCGUUCAUUCUGAAAGCUCCCACACCGAUUUUCCUCUUUGCUGGCGAAGAUGGAGAGGGGGAUAGCGGAGACGAAGAAGACGAUUAUGGUACCUUGGUUGCAAACCCGGUCUACAACAUUGACGAGACGUUCAAGGAGGGGUAU